UGUGAGUUUCGAUUUGCUUGCUCGUGCUCCAAGGUCCAUUUAGCUGUUGAUAGGAAAAGAACAGGACACAAACCCCAAAAGAUCAGAACCUCCUUACUGAACGUGGCAGCUGAGGAAGUCGAGCCGCUGGUCAGAACAAUGAAGCCCUUUAUGGCCAUCCUGCUGUUUGUGAUUGUGUUCCCAAAAGGCAAACUGUGUGACACCAACGGCUGUGUCACCUCGUUGAAAAGGGACAUCCUCAAACUGAUGGUCAAGUGGGAAGAUGCCUCUUGCUUCCAGAACCAGCAAGGCCUGCCCCCGAACCUGCUCCAGAGUCUGCCACGGAGCUGCAAGGAAAUCAAAACGGCGCUGGAAGGAGCUGCAGAUGGAUUGUAUUUCCUGGGCACUGAAGAUGGCGAGAUCUACCAAACUUUCUGUGACAUGACCACCCACGGCGGCGGAUGGACUCUGGUGGCCAGCAUCCACGAGAACAAUGUCUACGGCAAGUGCAACCAGGGAGACCGUUGGUCUAGCGAACAUGGAAGCAACAGCAACUACCCAAGCGGGGAGGGCCACUGGUCAAAGAACACGACCUUUGGCUCCGCCGUGGGCUCAACAAGUGAUGACUAUAAGAACCCUGGCUACUACGACCUUCAAGCACGGGAUAUGGCCAUUUGGCACGUCCCCAACCUCACUCCCAUGAGAGAAUGGAGAAAUGCCGCCAUCCUAAGGUAUCACACUGAGACCGGCUUCUUCUCUGUUGAAGGAGGGAACCUUCUCAGGCUGUAUCAGCAAUAUCCGGUGACCUACGGCAUUGGCAGCUGCCCAGCUAACAAUGGCCCAAUUGUCCCCGUUGUCUACGAUGCUGGCAACGCCGAACAGACGUCCUUCUAUUACUCUCCGAAUGCCAGAGCUGAAUUUGUCCCUGGCUUCAUUCAGUUCCGGGUGUUUAACCAUGAGAAAGCAGCCAUGGCUCUCUGCGCCGGCAUCAAAGCCACCGGCUGCAACACCGAGACUUUCUGUGUUGGUGGAGGAGGGUAUUUCCCAGAAGGAAAUCCGCGGCAAUGUGGCGACUACACUGCCUUUGACUGGAACGGCUACGGCACACACAGAGACUGGAGCGCUUCCAAGCAGUUAUUGGAAUCCGCCAUGCUUCUUUUUUACCGAUGAGUCUGGGGGUUGCUCUUAAGAAGCAUCACAGCUGUACGCUGCAAUUUUCUCCUUGAUAUCUUCCUCGCCUGUAAUGCCAAUGAAAGAAUAUGCCCAGAGCUCUCUUGCCUUA